GUGCUAUCCGCUGUACCAACGCGUGCGAUCGUGUUCCGCUAGUUUUCGGUGCACGUGUCUUUCAGUUCGGAAAAGUUACCACAGAUUUUCAGAUGAUAACCCACGCGAAAGUGCGUUAUGAGGAUGACCGGAAGCAGGCUGUUGUUAGCAUUGAUGCCAUUGAAAACUUCAAUCCUCAGCAUACAAAGGAUUUCAAGUCCAAAUUCUUCUAUUCUGUGAAGUGGACGGAUCCUGAUGGGACGUCGGAUUAUUACCGGGCUCGAAUUCUCGCCUUGGGAGAAUCUGAGGAAGACUUUGAAAUUGACAGCGAGAACAGACCGAGGCUUCGCUUUGAGCGAAUGGCAUAUUCGCCAAACGACGAGUCGGAAGAUGAUGAUGUUCCGCCAGAGCGCCCUGCAAGAAAGCAACAUCGGGGACCGAAGCAUGAACUACUUCAAAUUCUGAAAAAGAAAACGAGUGCCCUGAGGCAACGAGAGGUGGAGGCCUCUCCGCAAAAACUAAAAAGGAAGAAAGUAGAAGAUUUUGGUGACCCCCGUGUUCUUAAUCUCCGUGAAAAGGUGCAGCGGCUAGAAGACGUAAUAGAAAAAAAAGAGCGAAAGAUAGAAGAAGUUCUAGCCAAGAACAAAACCCUCGAGCAGGAGGCAAAGGACCUUAGGCAGCUAAAUAUGAGGCUGCAAGAGAAAAUGCUGAUGAUGCUCGACAACAAAGGUAUGCAAUUCAGCUUUCCAUACUUUUGGGGCUGCGACAUACUGCUAUUUAAUAUGUAUGCACUAUGUUUAGCUAGAUUGUUAAAAAUUUUUUUUUGUAUUAUUGCUAUGUGCUUGUCAUCGGUUAAAUUUUUUUUGCAACACAUUCCUCUCGUGCAGGUGGACAUUGGCCGUGGUUUGGCAAUUAAUGCACAAGCGUGGAGCCACAUCCAAGGCCACCAGAAGGAUUCACUCUUUGUGAAAGAUCUCCUGCUGGGCAUUUGGCCAAAGGACCAGUUAAAAAACCGCUCUUUACAAGGUAAGCGGUGUCCUAGAUACCCAGAUCGGCCUGCAAAGGCGCCGCUGACACCUUCGAAGGUGGAAGUGAUGCGCGGUAAGUGGAUAGUGUUACAGUCUUUAUACUCAUUAAAAAAAAUUUGUUGCUGCCAGCUAGUGAGACCUUGUGAAUUUUUCUGUUUCAGACUGUUACAGACAAAGACUACGGUGCCAGGGUGUCCCAGAACAUCUUUUGCCUGCUGCACUGAAGCAGCUGAACCAUUUCGUGGUUGAGAAGCUGGCAGACCUUGAGAGGCUGGCAAAACGGUAAAGUGCUGUUGUGCAUGUUUGGCGACUAAUUUCGAAAAGCUUCUAAAUUUGUCUAGUUUGGGAACAACAUGCAGCCCUAACCUUCAAAUAGAUCCAUCUUUUAAGUGAAUAUAGUUUAGCAGCACGCAAUUGCUAAAGAAUGCGCAGCAUCAGCUCCCUUACUUUCAUUUCUUUAUAAUUAGUUAUCAUUAAUGGAAGUUCUGCAGCAAGAAAGAGACAAAUACAUAAAAUGUGAAAUGACUGCUUAUUGCACCACAUCUCCACCUAGGCUCAUAAGAUUUGUUACCUCCAUGUCGACUGUAGACUGAAUUAACUGUAACGGUUCCAAACACUGUACGUCACCCAAGUGAGCAAGCCAAGCUAAUUUUUCAGUCUAAACUAUUAAUAGCAGCGCAUGACCGUGAGUGUGCAGUGUGGUUGCUAGUGCCGGCUUUUCUUGUUCCAAAAGCUGUUCCAAAACACCAAAAGUCACUUCCAGCACUGCAUUACAGCAACAGGAAACUUCUUCGAGUACUUUUUGUGGCGCAGUUAUGAGAAUAGUUUGCAUAGUUUGUGUGAAAGUCUAUGAGAAUAGCAUUUUUGCAACAAGCGCGCAGCCCUCUUGAUAUAAUUGGAAUGCGCUUCUUGGCAUAGCAAGACGAGUGAGCAUAACGCAUUCCACACAACUGAACUUUUAUUAACUGCUAUCCUCUCGAAGAUAACCCACAUUUUUCUGCAUGCAUGUGCUAUUGACACUACCCCCAACGUGCCGUUUUCCAUUGCCACGCUAUCAUCUGUUACAGCUACAACACAUAUAUAUUCAUAAUGUACUGCGCGGGCAGCACCAUCAUUUUGCUGCAGGAUGUGCACAAACUUGAAGCUUUCCUGCCCUUAUGCAUAUUUCGACAUUUUUCAGGGAAAAGGACAACCAUGACCCUCAAGCAAGCCAUGACUGAAUGCAGCAUGCUUCUGUAGUGGAAAUUUAUUUUAAAAAAUUUUAAAUAUUUUCACAAUAGUCAUUGUAAUAGUGAUCCAUGUUCUGUUUGAGCAGUAAUUUCUUAUUUAACACAUCUCUCAUUAAGCAUAU